GGCCGCAUUGCAGGGCGUCGGCGCCCCGAGCCCCCGCAAGCAGACGCCGCGGCCGCUGUCCCAGGAGGAGCGCCGGCGGCGCGAGGCAGCGCUCGAGGAGGUGAGCCGCAUGGCCGCGGAGCAGCAGGAGCGGUCCGCGGAGGAGAGGAGGGCGCUGUUCAGGCGUCGGUGCCAGACGUACGACGCCACUCUGGCCUUGGAGCCGAUUCGCGAGCAAGAGGGCGGAGCCUGCGAGCAGCAGUGCGGUGCCGUCGUCGUCUUUGACUGGGACGACACGCUGCUGCCCACUACAUGGUUGAGCAACAACGUCGCGAACGUGGAGGACGAC